AUGAAACGUACGUCAACAGCUUCACCAGAAUCACCGGAAUUCUUUCAUUUAGCUAAUUUAAUUGUUCGAAAAUUACUUGAAAUUGCUGGUUUGAAAUUACUUGGUCGUAAUUAUUAUUCAUUUGAUAAAAAAAUCGAACUUGAUCGAUACAAAUUAACACUCUUUCCCGGAUUUAUGACUGCUGUUAAUGUUUAUGAAGGUCAAUUAAUGAUUAAUGUUGAUUUAUCAACAAAAGUUAUGAAUAAACAAACAGUUUAUUCAAUUUUGAUGGAUAAAUUUAAUCGUAUUAAUGAUACUAAACAAGCUCAAGAUGCAUCAUUAAAAGAACUUGUUGGACAAAUCGUUUUAACACCAUAUAAUAAUGAAACAUACAAAAUUCUUGAUAUUGCUUGGGAUAAAGAUCCAAAUUUUCAAUUUACUAAACGUGAUGGUACACAACAAAGUCUUUGUCAAUACUAUCAAGAAAAAUAUCAUGUCAAAAUAAAAGAUGUACAACAACCGUUAAUAACUGUUAAAGGAAGUAAACGAAUGGCUAAACGUGGUCCGAAAAAAGAAGAAUCAGGAGUGAUUUUCCUAAUUCCAGAAUUAUGUUGUAUUACUGGUAUUUCGGAUUCAAUGAGACAAGACUUUUCAUUAAUGAAAGAAAUGAGUACUUAUACACACGUAGGACCAAAUGAACGAUAUCAACAAUUAAAUGGUUUUCUUAAUGAUAUUCAAAAACGUGAUGAAGGACGUAAAGAAUUAAGUAAAUGGCAAAUUAAUCUUGAUAAAGAACUUGUUCAACUUACUGGUCGUACAAUGGAAGCUGAAUCAAUUAUUUAUAAAGAUCGUACAAUUAAAUAUAAUCCAUUGGAAGCUGAUUGGUCUCGUGAUGGUCGUUCUUUAGCACAUCUUUCAGCUAAAAAUCUUGAUAAAUGGAUUGUUAUUUAUUCUCAACGUGAUUCACAAGUAGCUCAUUCAUUUGUUGAUUCUCUUUACAAAGUUUGCACACCAUUCGGUAUGCUCGUUGAUUUUCCUGAAAUGAUUGAAUUACCAAAUGAUCGAUCUGAAACAUUUAUUCGUGCUAUUGAAAAUAAAGCUCAUCCACAACUGGAUUUGGUUUGUUGUAUUUUGACAAACAAUCGAAAAGAUCGUUAUGAUGCAAUCAAAAAAGUUUUAUGUGUUGAUUGUCCUGUACCAUCACAAAUGCUUUUAUCAAAAACAUUACAAAAACCAGGACAACUAAUGUCAGUUGCAACUAAAGUUGGUAUUCAAAUUAAUGCCAAAUUAGGCGGUGAAAUAUGGGCUGUUCAAAUUCCGUCAAAAACUAUAAUGGUUAUUGGUAUUGAUACAUAUCGUGAUUCUCAAUCACGUUCAUCUCAAAUGAUUGGCUUUGUUGCAUCAAUAAAUCCGACAUGCACACGCUAUUAUUCACGUGUAAUUGAACAACGAAGUAGUAAAGAUCUCAUAACAGGAUUUAAAUCAUGCAUGCAAAGUGCCCUUCAAAAAUAUCAUCAAGUCAAUGGUAUGCUACCAGCAAAAAUUAUUGUUUAUCGAGACGGUGUUACUGAUUUUCAAUUAUUUGAUGUUAUUGAAAAUGAAUUACCAGCAAUAAAUGAAACUUGUAUGAAAGCUCAAGAAGGUUAUGAUCCAAAACUAGGUAUGAUUAUUGUUAAGAAACGUGGAAGUGCUCGAUUUUUUGCCCGUGAUCCACGUAACAAUCGUCAAUUAAUCAAUCCACCACCGGGUACAAUUAUUGAUCAUACUGUUACUAAUCAAGAAUGGUAUGAUUUCUAUUUGAUAUCCCAAAUGGCUCGUCAAGGUACUGUUGCACCAACACAUUUCAAUGUUAUUUGGGAUCGAACUGGAUUAAAGGUUGAUCAUAUGCAACGAUUAACACACAAAUUAUGUCAUUUGUAUUACAAUUGGCCUGGUACAAUUCGAGUACCUGGUGUAUGUCAAUAUGCUCAUAAAUUGGCUUUUCUUGCUGCUCAAAGUUUACAUACUCAACCACAUGAAAGUUUAACAGAUAAAUUAUUUUAUCUUUAG